AUGUCUAGUACCGUCGACCCAGCAGUGGAGUCGGAACAGCCAAAGCGGGAGGUUCUGUCACCGAAGGGGAAGGAGAAGUCGCCCAAAGCGCAGGGGAAGGUGAAGGAGGAAAGCGAAGGGGGUGCGAAGACAAGCAUGAGUGCAAUGAGCAUGCCCAUCAACGUCCUUGCUUCCCUGCUGAAAUUGCAAGAUGUGGAGGAUCACAAACCGAGGCUCUCCAAAAUCUCCUGGCUUCCCGAUGUACUGGUCUGGAGAGGGUCCAUUAUCCCGACCGUUGCCGGGCCAGUACUCAGCGUGACCUUGUUCUCGGCGUGCGUCGCGGCUGCUUCGUUGAUGUAUGGCAAGGAAGUAGGGUUGACCAACAACGUUGUGCCUUUACUAUCUGUCGUGGUUGCGCUGCUUCUUGUCUUUCGGAACACUACGGCUUAUGAACGAUUUGCAGAGGGUCGGAAGGACUUCACCACCCUCAUAUCGAACGCGCGUAAUCUGUCCCGCAACAUCUGGAUCGUAGUCACCCUCCCUCCCACCAACCCCUCCACCCCAGAUGCCAAGCCAGCUAUCUCCCGCGCUCGCCUCACCGAGGAGAAGAAACGGAUCAUCCGGCUCAUCGUUGCUUUCGUGGUGGCUACGAAACAUCAUCUCAGGGCGGAAGGCGGGGUGCAUCAUGAGGAUCUCAAAGGCCUGCUACCUGCCUCGAUGACGGGCGCCAGCAUGCGCAAGCUACACAGAUCAGGUAUCAUCCAUACCGCUUCAACCCACCACUCUACAUCUCGUCAACCCUCAAUAUACCCCCUUGCGGAUAGUCCAUCCGGCCUCAACUCCGAGACCGACGAAGAAGCGCAUCUCGGCCUACAUGCGACCUCUCCAGUCCAUAUCUCCCAGUCACAGUUCCACUCUAAUGGCUUCAAAAACGCCUUUUCUCGCCUACGCGAGAGAGCACCACUCAAGCGACGCCCUACGGCGGUGCGCGUCUCGGAAGACCGGUACGACCAUAAGUCGCAGCGAGAGCGGUCGUCCCCCCGGAUGAUCAGGCCGAGCGCGAACGAGCGGACACCGUUGAUCAAGGCCGGAGUGAAGCCGGAUAUAAGAUGGACGGCGGAGGAGGGAAAGGCGGACAUAGGGUUAGGGAGGAUGGUGGAGUUGGGAUUGCCGCUUAUUAUUGCGCAUGAGAUCAGCCGGACUAUAUUCCGCUUCAGGCGGAUGGGUUGCUUGGAAGCUGUCGGACCAGCGGGCAUGAACGCAAUGCAAGCCUUGGUGCAGAGUAUGACCGACCAGCUCGGUGCAAUGGAACGAAUUGUCCAGACGCCACUCCCGGUCAUCUUCGGCGUCCACCUGAAGCAGACCGUCACGCUCUUCCUCUUCAUCCUCCCCUUUACUUUGGUCGAUCUCAUGGGGUGGAAGAUGGUGUUCAUCGUGACGUGCUGUGCGUUCACUAUGAUGGGCGUUGAGCAUAUUGCGGCGCAGGUGGAGAUGCCGUUUGGAACGGAUGCUUGUGAUCUGAACCUCGACCUUUACUGCACUGAACUGUUGUGCGAGUGCGAGGCUAUCCUGGACCGGCUCCCUGAAGGAGACGAGGACGAUUUUGAGCCGUUCACUCGCUCGGACCAGCAGAGGGAAGUGGACUAUGCCGCGGAUGAUGAUAAUGCGGACGAUGGAGAUGCGGAUUAG